AUGUCGUUUGCACAAAGCUUCUAUGCUGAUCAGAAGAAGGUGGAACAACAGCCACGACAACAGGAAAAUGCAUCCCCCCUCACCACCGCUGCCAUCCCAGCUCACACUCCGAUCGCCGAGGAUCCUCUAACCCCGGCUCAAAUCCGAGAGGCUAUUCGUAUCUACCGUUCGGUCCUUUCGACCAACUCGGCUCCAGCUUCUCCAGUUCGUGCUCCAGCUGCUCCGCCAAUCGCCGAGCGUCCAGAAGUGCACUCGAACUAUUAUGGCGGUGGACCAACGGACAUUCCACAGUCCUAUCUGCUCAACUAUGCCACGUCGUCGCCGCAACAGCCAGCAUCGGCCCCAGCAACUCAGGCACCAGAGCCACUGUUCACAGAGCAACAAUUGAUUGCUCAGCUUCAGGCUUUGCAAGUUCAGCAGCAACAGGUGGCUGAACCGGUUUGUGAGGUUCCUGUUGUUCAACAACAGCAACAACCAAAAGCUGCUCCGAAUAAAGCUCCCGUUCUUCAGAAAAUGUACGAUGACGAGGAGUCUGGAUACUGCUUCAACCGCAAAGGACGUGACGAAGAUGGUCCAGAAGAGAUUCCGGAAGCGCAUGUUGCCACACCAACUUCGGCUCCAGCGGCCAACUACUCGAUUCCGGCUCCUCAGCAACAAGUUAACUACUCCCCAGCUCCGGUUGCCAACAACUACUCGAAAGUCGUCUGUGGACCUUCUGAAUACAUUGGAAUGGCCAACGACAACAAAUUCAUCUACGACGCGCAGAAAGCUCUUCCCGUCUCGUACGCUCAAAACAACUCGUACACACUUGUCAAUCCGACGGCCCAGGCUCCGAUUGCUCAGCCACGUUUCGAGGAGACUGAUGAUCAAGGAGUCACAACUACAGAAGACGUCACCCAGGUGCCAGCGUCUCCAGCCGUCACUUCUAGAUUCAGAGGAAUGAUUCGAAAUGCUCAAACGCCAGUUCAAGCACCACCAGCUCCAAUUGUCGUUGAACGUGUCGCUGAGCCAGUCAACACUACUCCAUCGCACAAUUACAACAAUUAUGGAGCAUUUAUGCCUGUCAACCAAAUGUCGAUGGAAUCGGAAUAUCAGCUGCCAGUGCUCAAUGAUUUGGCAUCGUGCAUUGAGCAUUACUAG